AUGAACAGGCCACCGGAUAUAAUUGAAGACGGCUUCCCAAAGGGGCCUCGGGACCCGAAGCUACAGACCUUCUAUCGCUGUCUCUCUCAGGUUGUAGAUAUUCUAGCUUUACCUGAGCCCGGAAGCCGUUUUCAGCUUAUUCAAGUCGUAGGCGAAGGAACGUAUGGCGAGGUUUACGCAGCACGGGAUACGGCAACCGGUCGCAUGGUGGCCGUAAAGAUAAUGGAGAAUAUCUCGGAUAAUAAAGAGGAGAUGGAAGAAGAGUAUCGUGUACUGCGUGACCUCGGGAGCCACCCUAAUUUGCCAAAUUAUUACGGAGUAUUCUUCAAGCCAGCCAAAAACCGCGAAGACGACCAGGUUUGGUUCGUAAUGGAGCUUUGCACCGGAGGCUCCGUUACCGAUCUCGUGCAAACUCUCCGACACAGCGGAAAACGUCUUCCCGAAGUCAUUAUCGCCUAUAUAAUGAAAGAGACCCUCGAAGCGCUCGGCUACCUGCACGCGAAUCAUUGCAUGCAUCGCGACAUCAAGGGCCACAACAUCUUGCUCACGGAAAAUGGAGCCGUAAAACUCGUCGAUUUCGGCGUGUCGUCCCACCUCAAGGAGACUCUGGCGAGGAGGAAUACGUCAGUAGGAACCCCGUAUUGGAUGGCACCCGAGGUAGUGGCGUGCGAACGCCAAGCCGAUUUCUCCUACGACAUCCGAUGCGACGUUUGGUCUCUAGGAAUAACGGCACUUGAGUUGGCGCAAGGAGAGCCCCCGUUGUCGCACCUGCAUCCGAUGAGAGCGCUCUUCCAGAUCCCAAGGAACGCGCCGCCCCGUCUGAAGGCCCCGCAAGAGUGGUCGGCAACCUUCAACAGCUUCGUACAAAAUUGUCUCGUCAAAAACUUUGAGGAACGUCCUUUCGUGCGGGAUCUUCUCUGCCAUCCUUUCGUUCGCUUAGAGGAUUCCACAAUCCGGAAAAUCCGCGCGGAAAUCAUUCGCAUGUUGAAGGAACGAAAGCGAUGGGGUAUCAUCAAGCGACCUCCGGAAAUCACAACCAAGCACGGCCAAUUGAAAACGGAUCGCAAGUCGAAGCCCGAGCCUAUUCUCGUAGAUGACCUCGCCCUCAUGGAGGUGCUCUCGGAGGACACCAUCCUCGAGCAGCUCAGUAGACGCUACAAGCAGGGUCAGAUCUACACCUACAUCGGAGACAUUUUGCUCGCCCUGAACCCAUUCCAGCAUCUGAGUAUCUACUCGGCGGAUGUUUCAGCGCGGUAUCGGAACAAAAGCCGCGCGGACAACCCACCCCACAUUUUCGCGGUCGGAGACAGCGCGUUCCACGCCAUGCUUCACCAGAGGAGGAACCAGGUCAUCGUUGUGAGCGGCGAAAGCGGCGCCGGCAAGACGGAAAGUGCCAACUUCCUCCUCAGACAAAUGGUUGCAUUAGGCAAGAGCGGCACUUCGAAUCACAGGCUUGAGGAGAAGAUUCUCCAGGUGAACCCGAUCAUGGAAGCGUUCGGUAAUGCUCGCACGGGAAUCAAUCACAACUCUAGUCGUUUCGGCAAGUUUCUGGAUCUCAGCUUCUCCUCGGGAUCGGGGAGGGUCCUCGGAGCGAAACUCUCGGUUUAUCUCUUGGAACAAUCACGGGUCGUGCGACAAACCAGCCUCGAACGAAACUUCCACAUCUUCUACUACCUGUACGACGGUCUGGCAUCGCAGAAUCUCUUGGGAGCUUACUACCUUGAACCAUGCCCCAAGAAAAGAUCCCAUCGAUACCUCCAAGGCGUAAACCCCCCGGACCGGGAGACUUCGGUUUUGCACGCGCGUCGUCUCAUCGCCGUCAAGCAAGGCUUCGAAUUGUUAGGCUUCCGAGCGACGGAAAUCGACACCAUCUAUCGGAUCCUCGCCGCAAUCAUUCAUCUGGGAGACGUGGAGGUUCGGCCGACAGAAACCUUAUUUCAAACAUCGGGUUGUGUCAUCGUAAACGCGGAGAAGAUACCACAAGUGGCGAAACUACUUGGCUUGAAUCCGGAUGACCUCCUGGAGGCCUUGAGCACCUGCUCGAUAAGCAUGCGGGGUGAAGUAAUUGUCAGACCGAGUACGGCGCAGGAAGCGGAAACUGCGAGGGACGCAAUGGCCAAAGCACUGUUCGGUCGUCUGUUCGACUGGAUCGUCAACCAAAUCAACCGUCAUCUCGGCUGCAAAACUAGACCCGACAAUCACGCCGAGAGGUCGAUAGCCCUGCUCGACAUUUUCGGAUACGAGGACUUCGAGAAGAAUUCGUUCGAACAAUUGUGCAUCAAUAUAGCUAACGAGCAAAUGCAGUAUUACUUCAACAAACACGUAUUCGCUUUGGAACAGCAAGAAUAUGCGAAUGAGGGGCUCGAUAUGAACCAGGUUGUCUUCAACGACAAUCGCCCGGUCCUCGACAUGUUCCUCAGCAGACCUAUGGGACUGUUGGCCCUGCUGGACGAGGAGUCUACGUUUCCCAAGUCGACAGAUCAGAGCCUUGUUGAUAAAUUCCACACCAACAUAAAGUCUGCGCAUUACGUGCGGCCGAAGUCGAAUGCUCUCCAGUUUACUGUGAUCCAUUACGCGGGUCUGGUCACAUACGAUGCUCGAGGGUUCCUUGAGAAAAAUCGGAACCACUUGCCGACCUGUAUAAUCCAACUGCUCAAUAGAUCUACGCUUUCGGUCCUUAGUGCGCUGUUCCCCGCUUCCACGACUUUUGUUAACACUCCAAUCAACGUUGGCGAUCCUAAGCAAUCCAGAGCUAUCCAGACGAUGGGCUCAUACUUCCGAUACUCUCUGAUGGACCUCCUCCAGAAAAUGAUUUCGGGCACUCCGCACUUCGUUCGCUGUAUCAAGCCGAACGACCAGCGCGCGCCGACUCAUCUCCAAAAAGAGAAAGUUUUAAAUCAGUUGAGAUACACCGGAGUCCUUGAAACGAUCCGGAUCAGACAACAGGGUUAUUCGCACCGACUGACAUUCUUGGAUUUCCUCAAAAGGUACUGCUUCCUCGGAUUCAGUUUCAACGCUCGAGUGAAUCCCACUCGGGAGAACUGUGAAUUGCUCUUGAAGAGGCUGCGUAUCGAAGAUUAUGCCAUGGGGAGAUCCAAGGUAUUCCUCAAGUAUUAUCAUGUCGAGUAUCUCAGCCGGCAAUACGAAGCCCAAGUGAAUAAGAUAGUUCGAGUCCAGGCCCUGUGCAGGAGAUGGUUAGCUGUGCGAGCCAUGCGACGGCUGCGUGAGAAACUCAACUCCAAAGUUCAAGUCAUGCAUCCCUGUAGCACGGAGGAUCUGCGACGGGCUGUCGCGAAAAAAGCGACCCCCUGCACGGGUCAAUGCAAGAUCGCCGAUUGCAAAAACAAGCCCAGACAAAGUUUCAUCCCACCACCGCCACCGCCGGUGCUGCCCACCAAAGUCGCUCCACUGCCAGCCCAAGCUCCUCAAUCUCAUCAGCGUCCGAGCAAAGACAACAUAGUCAGCGACAACAACCAUAAAAACAGAAUUCACAAUAAGAUUAUCUCCCACGACAACAACAGCAACCUCAACCACAACCACGCGGAGAUAGGCCGCCCGAACUCGUCCGGCAGUUCGUCGGGCGGAAGGCCGUCCAUUCUCGAAAUGGAAUCAUGGUGGGAGAAGAGAUCUCAACGAAGCACGCCGAGUCCUGGGAGCACCGAGCCGAAUUCGUUAGAUCCCGCCGACGAUCCGAAUCAAGGUCCGUUCCAAUUUAAGAAGAUCCUCAAGUCUCACAGUCACAACCACUCGAAUUCAUCGUCACCGUUGAACUCGACGACAAAGACCCAAGAUUCGGGCGUGUUCGACUUUCGAAAAGUUCUUCGGAAGACGAGAAUAGCGCCAACCGAGACUCUUCGAAGGUGCAAGGGACUCGUUCCGCUGACGGAAAACGACGCCAAGAUAAUUUCGUUCCUACAGAUUGAGUGA